AUGUCGAGGGCGCCGUUCAGGAUACAACUCUGGGGAGUGCGAGAUGAUUGUCGCACAAGGCUGUUUGGUCAAAAAUUCAUAUCUGCUACUAUUGGCCAAGUUCUUGAGUCAGGACUUUUUUCCUCGACUGAGACAACAGAACAUUUUAUCAAAGUGCGGGCUAUGGUGGACUUUGCUAAGCCACUUCGAUCCCAAUUGAUGGCGGUUAGCGAAGAAACCGAUCGAUUCUGGGUGAGCCUCAAGUAUGAAUUUCUACCCAGCUUCUGUUUCCACUGUGGUCGGGUAGGCCAUGCUCGAAGGGACUGUGAUUUCGAUCCGCCAAAAGGAAGGGAAGGAUUUGGCCCCCAUAUGGCGACCAAGAAAGUGGGUCGUCAAAUUUAUGAUGAGGAUGAUCAGUCUAUGACAGCAGGGGGAUCGAGGAGUUCCGUUUGGGUCAAUCGCCAAAAACCAGGCAGGGAAAUCGAAACAGGGCCGAAGCCCUCCACUGUCAAUGAGGAGUUGGAUCGGGCCCACCCAGCAAACAAGCUUCGGGCUCAGAAUGAUGGGCCUGCCUCCAAAAGCCUGGGGAGAGAGGAUCGGGCUGUGGAUGAGAUGCUCGCACAUAGGGAGCUGGAGCGGUCCCCUGCCCGUCGACAUAGCCCCAAGGGCUUUGCUAUGAAUCGACCACCUAAGUUGCAAAUUGGUGGGAAGGGAGGAAAGCAAAAGCGGAAGGGUAUGAUCAAGGAGAUGGCAAAACCGGGAGCCCGCGGCAAGCUGGGCGGGGAAGGGUAUCAUACUCAGCAACCGUCUCGGCUGAAACCGCACCCCUCAGCGGUCGAGAUGCAGGCAGAGACGGUGGAGGCUUCCCGGCGUAGGCGGCUCAUACUGGAGGACGAUUCAGACGAUGACAUGAUCGCUCCGUCCCGGACAACUGCCUGUGAAAGCCCGAUCCAACCGUCUAAUGAGUUGGUGCCGCCUGUGGUCUCUGCUAAGGACCUGGCUCCUAUACCCGAUAUUCCAAAGCAGGGAAAGAAACUCCGGCUGAGGCGUCGCACUCAAACAGCGGCAGUGGAAGAGCAGGUUGUAGGGGAGGGAGGUGCGCGGGUCUCGGACAAGCGUCGAGAGGCUAGAAAACACAGGCCGGCUCAGGGUCUGCUUGGAGAUGAAGGGCAAGCCCAGGGUAGUGCAAAAACUAUUCUAAACCCGAUGUCACCUGCCCGUGCAGCGUCUAUUGAAAAUGACAAGGCGAUGACAGUGGGGAGGGUUGCGGCUGCCACGCUGGAUGAUACUUUGGCUUAUGAGGCGAGUGCCUCGGAGGAGUCAGGGAUGGAUGUGGACAAUCAAUGUUUUGAAAUAAGGAAACGGGCCCCGCUGCCCCAAUCGGUGAAAGAUGGGCAGGGCAUGGUGGGCAAAGCCGUUCAGGCUGAUGCAGUACUUGAUGGAAGGUUGAUCGAGGGGCAUGUUACUGCUGCCCAGCUUGAUGUCCAAGAUGGGAUUCUGAAUCCGGGGGCUGAGGUAUUUGAUGAAUAUGGGUCCAACAUGACAGGUUCAGUGUUUGUUACCAGGAAACGACCCUUGGCGGCUGUCGAUGGUGAAGUUGGAUCAUCUCCAACGCCCAAUAAGCAGUUUGUUGAAGCUACUGAUGUUUUCGAUCAUGAAAAGGUGGAGGAAGCCAGCCUAAAUUGGCCCCAGUCUGAUAAAUGA